AUGAGCCCCUGCUUUCUACCUUCUGCUCUGGACAUUAAGAAGCUCUUGUCCCUCCCACCAGCGCUUGGCUCUGGAGAAGACGGCUGGUCCAUGAACGUGCAGCUGGAGGUGCGAGCCAUCGACGGUUACCCGGUGGUGCUGCCCUGCACCUUCAGUCACCCGCAGCACUCCCAGCAUUCCUCCCUGCAGGUGCUGUGGCGUCUGGGCCACGGUCAGGGCGCCACCGUCUUGUUCCGCUGCAUCAGUCACCCCGGGCCCCCCACCUGUGAGCCAGGGCCCCAGCAGGACCAGCGCUACCGGCUGGAGGGGAACCCACGAGAGCACGACCUGUCGCUGCGAAUCAACAGUGCCACCCUGCAGGACAGCGGACGCUACUACUGCAGGGUGGAGGUUCAGGGACGAGAACACAUCAGCUUCGAGGACAAGAUGGGAACCAGACUGAGAGUAGAAGCUCCUCCAAAGAUCCUGGCUCUGUCAGUCGAGGGCAGCGAGCAGACCGGGUACAGGGCUCUGUGCCGGGUGCAGGGCUCCCCGCUGCCAGAUGUCCAGUGGCUGGGCCCAGACGAGCUGCUGGAGGGGUCAGUGGUCGGCCCGCUGGCUCAGGGCACGCCGGCUCACUACCACACCGUCAGCCAGCUGCGGGACGUGGAGCCGGGCCAGCAGUACACCUGCAGCGCCUCCAACCCACUGGGCAAAGAUCAGGCCACCUUGUACGUCCUGAACCCCCGGCCGCCGCUGUCUGUGGGCGGAGCGUCGCCUCCUCUCCUGCUGCUCCUGUCGCUGUCGGUGGGGGCAAAGGUCAUCCUGCUGGUGGGGGUGGGGGUGUGGUUGGUGCAGGGCGGCGCUCUGCAGGUGAUCGGCUGCUGGUGGAAGUAACUUCAUCAGAUCUGAAUUGUGUAAUGUGUAAUUAUUCAUUAUUACUUAAAUUUCCAGAUCAUUUCCCUUAAGUUUCUCAAAGAACUGAGACGUGUUGUAAAACAUGAAACUAAAUAUGAUUUAAGAUUAUUAGAACAAAGAUGAAUUCAUGAUUUAUGUUCAUGUUGUUAAAUCUGAAGAGCAGAAGAGACAAAGACGCAAGAAUCUUCAGUUUGAGUUUGAAAAUUAUGUCUCGGCUUUUUAUAAAACAACAAAAUGUUUUACUGCAGUUUCCAAACGACUGGAUUUUAUUUUUUAUUAGUGACUGCAGUGACCAGCAGGGGGAGCUGGUGUCCAACUGGAGGUUUGUGUAAAUUUGAAAUGAAGUAAACAAGGUUUGGAAAAAACAUCCUCUGCAGACGGAACAUGUUGCAUGUUUACAUGUUUGAUUUACAUGUGAUUUACAUGUUACAUGUUUGAUUUACAUGUGAUUUACAUGUUACAUGUUUGAUUUACAUGUGAUUUACAUGUUACAUGUUUGAUUUACAUGUGCAGAAGCCGGAUGAGUAAACAUGAGAACGUUUCUUUUAUUUCAUUUUGCUAAAAACACAGAAAGUCAUGUCACACUUCAAACUUUAUUGAAACAUUUAAAUAUUCUACCACAUCGUCGAGUUUCACACGUUAUAAAUUCAUUUCGUCACAGAUUCGUCUGAUUCUUCUUCACUGUGUCGACUCGUGUUAAACUCUUCUUAGAUAAAUUAUGUUUAAGGCUCCAGACCAUUGAUUUAACGCUCUCACUCAAACAGCUGCUUGUGCUCAAACCAUGCACCUGCACACAGAUUUCCUGCUCUCAGCUUCAGCUCUUCUCCUCACGCUGCUUCUCAGUACAUGAAUCACAAGCGUCAGGUUUAGAGUGAAAGCUUUAAAAAACCUCGUGCUUGAAUAAAGACAACGCUGUGUCAUGAACCCUGACUGUGAGUUGUAAGAAGGUUUUUUUCUGAUAAAUGAAGGUGAAACAUCAUAAAA